AUGGUUCGAGCUGGCGAUCGCGCUCAGCCUGCAGGGGUCGUCGGGCGGGACGCCCUACAGAACCUGGGCGGCCAGCCGCUGCAGAACCUGCUGGGAGCGGCCGGCGGCGCCGAGGCAGGCGCGGCCGGCGCCCCCAACGAGGGCCACUACUCGGACACGACGGCGUCGGCGCCGGCCUCCGACGACGAGGGCUCGACGGCGGCCACCGACGGCUCGACGCUGCGCACCUCGCCCGCCGAACAGGCCGGCAGCGGCGGCUCCGAGAGCGGCGCCAGCGUAGUGGACAGCAUCGCCGGCGAGCACACGUCCGGCCGGAGCUCCACCUACGGCGACGCCGGUCACGAGUCGGCCGCCGGCGCGCGCAGCGAGACCAGCUCGGUCGGCGCGCCCGCACGCUUCGGGCGAAUGGCUGGGUAG